AGCUCCAGGUGAGUCCUGGUUCCACCCCCCAAGGAGGAGGGGUUUGGAGGGGUUGAGGAUGAUGAGGAGAUGAAGGCAGUGUCAGUUGUUGGCCACCAGCAGCAGCCCCAGGGGAACGAGACCUGGGGAAGGAGAAAUACAGGGGGGAUUUUGGGGUGAACAAAUGACUUGUUAGGUAAAUUUAACUCGUAAAAUAAGUGUGAGUGGCAAAGAUGGACCUGUCAGGAAACCAGGGAGGAGAACAGAGCAGGGUGCUGCUGAGGGCUGUGCACUCUGACACCCAUCAGUGACGGCAUGUGGCGGAUGUGGGAGGGAGGCCCCUGCCAGGGCUUGGCUUCCCCUCCCUGCAGUGCCAGCCCAUUUACCCUCCUGUGCUUUCACAUUCCCCAGCAGAGGCUGGAGCUGCUGGGGGCACCUGGGGGUUCAGGGAGCUGCUGCACUCUGUCCCUGGGGAGGCAGGUAAUCCCAGCAGAUCUUUCUUUGCCAAACCCAGGGGCUGAUGCAUCCCCUUCCCUGCUCCGGUGCCGGACUCCUGCACUCCAGGAUCCUUUCCCCACUGAUGGGAAUGAGGGUUUCUCCUCCCCAUUCUCUCUUGGCCUCGCUUGCUGCAGGUGUGUAUCUCCAGUGGAGAGAGCCAGUAACAGGAGAGGUGUCCUGCUGGCAGUCAGUGGCUGAGCAGUGUGCUGCCCACUAUGGCUGGUUGGUUUAGGAGGCUCCUGCACAAACCCAAGUCCAGCUCAGUGGAAAGCCUCAAGUCCAGCCACUCUGCUUCAUCCUCACCUUCCUCUUCCUCCUCAUCCUCUGCCAAGAGCUCCAGCUCCUCUCCUGGCACGAGCCUGGCCACCAGCUCCAUCUCCCUGUCUCCCGUGUCAGCAGUGGACAUCAGCGCCUCGCACAGCCCCCGGUGGGACAAGAGCUACGACGUGUGCAUCUGCCACAGCGAGGGGGACGUGGAGCUGGUGUCAGAGCUGGUGUCCUACCUGGAGGGGCAGCCCGAGAGCUUCCGCUGCUUCCUGCAGCUGCGCGACGCCGUGCCGGGCAGCGCCGUGGUGACGGAGCUCUGCGACGCCGUGCACAACAGCCACUGCUGGGUCAUGCUCAUCACCCCCGGCUUCCUGCAGGACCCCUGGUGCAGGUACCAGAUGCACCAGGCCUUGGCCGAGGCUCCCAUGGCCAACGGACGCACCAUCCCGGUGCUGAAGGACGUGGAUCGCAAGGAUUAUCCCAGGGAGCUGCGGAAUAUCUACUACAUCUACAUGGCCCUGAAGGAGAAGAGCUUCAGGCAGAUCAGAGACACUGUCAUGCGCUACCUCCAGGAACUGUGCCAGAGCUCCACAAAAAGCAUGGAGUAGUGCUGGGAGCAGGCAGAUGCAUUCCCGUGGGCAUCAUGGAGCUGUCACCGUUGGAUCUGGGUGUUGGCACAUCCCGUUGGACCUUGAGGUCGAACCUGAGCUGCUCAGACCGGACCUGGGACCGAAGAUAGGGAGUUCUUCGCAUCCAUGAGGGACAGCACACUGGAGCCCACCACGUCCUGGUGGCCAAAAUCUCCUCGGUGGGGAGAGGGACAUCCAUCACACAAACACUAAGCUCUGGUGUUGGUUCUCAGGGUCAUGAGAGCUCUUUACUGCACUGGCAUUCUCUGUCCUGAGUGCUCCGGGACGCCUACUAAGCUGACAAGAUAUGUGGGCAGGACAAGAUAUGAGGCAGGCAGUGACGCUGCACGGAAUCGUUGCGACUACGAAAAUGCAGAAGUUUUACAAUUU